CCCCACUCGCUGCAAGUUAUGACUGUGCUGCCCGAUUCUGUCACGGGUCAUGUUUUGGACUCACGCUGCAGAGGGUCGCGUUGCAGUAGCAGGCAAGGCGCAGCUUUUUGUGGCAGUUUCAUCAAGUAGCGAUGGUGGCCUGUGCGUAUAACGAUGGGGAGAUUUUCUCUUUGACGAGUACAAGUUGAUCAGUUCCCAGUCAGCUUCCAUCAAGGUGGUGUAUUGGAAGCGUUGAAUACAGCGAGGGAGAUGGUGGGCGCUUUCACGAAGCUCUCUUGCGAUCGACCCAGCAAUCGUCCUAAACAUCAUCAUUUCUUGGAUGGUAGAAUCGGUUGGAGUCGGAUCAGUCCCGCCGCUUCACUGCAUGGCGUGCCCCCUUUAGAGAUCUUCGAAGCCGUGGAGCAUCCCUCAGAGCCCGUAGAUGUGGAUCAGCCAGCUCGGUGCCCGCCACCAGAACGCUCCAUCUUAAGGGAUGGAUUGAUUUGGAGGGAAAUGCUUGCUGAGACGCUGCGUCGUCAAAGCCAGCGGGCACCACAAAUAUGGCAAGGAGAAGUGGCGGGAUCCACAGGAGCCCCUCCUCGCAGGCGAACCCAGCGCAGCCCGCGUGAGAAGUACAUGUUCAUAACCCAUAGUGCACCUGAACGUAUAGUCACAAGAAUGCUUGAGGAAUCUGCUUGAUUGUAUACGGCUGGUGCGGCUACUGGUGCAGUGUGCACAGAUGCAUUUGUACAAUAGUCCUCUCCCGGUUUAAUUCCUGUUUCGAACUUGUCUAUCAGCCUGCGGCAGCGCAGGUUUCAGAUAUUGUGUCAAACAAGGUGGACCCAGGCCUUUGUACAUAGUUCUAGUUUCAGACGUAGCGUAGACGCGACGGCAGUGUGUUCCUGCUUCCCAGGCACACGGCAUAGUUCGCAAGUCCAGCAGCUAAAAACUCCUGUGCGUCACUCCGAGGCUUCGUUAACAAAGCCCUUGUCAGUGAGUAAAGCUUGACUUUCAUAGCUCUUGUGAUUUUUGCAA